GGGAGCGAGGUUCUCUGGAUUCGCAGUGACGCGCUGGUGUUUGUGUGCUGCUCGCGGUGGCGAAACAGAGAACCGAGGGGUCCACCACACAAUAGGGACAGUCGGCCACCGGACACCGCUGAAGACAAAGCACGAUGGACGAAGAGGAGCAGUUUGUGAACAUCGAUCUGAACGAUGACAACAUCUGCAGUGUCUGCAAGCUGGAGACGGAGACAGGGACCAUGUCGUUCUGCCACGUCUGCUUUGAACUCAGCAUUGAAGGUGUUUCCUCUGCAACCUUAUUGCACUCCAAGUCCCUGCGCGGCCACAGAGACUGCUUCGAGAAAUGCCACCUCAUAGCCAACCAGAAGCUGUCCCGCUCCAAGGUCUCCAGGAGUGCCUACGAGGGCAUGAAGCUGGCCUUCAACCAGAAGCUGAACCGCAUCAUCCAGUACGCCCAGAACAAAGACUCCGUCUCCUCCAACGGCCCCGGCAGACGAGGGGCCAAGCUCCUCUGUUACAACCAGCAGAGCGACCGCAAGCUGCUGCCCCAGUCGGACCCACAAGUGCCCCACUACACGCCGUGCUGGGACGCGUGCAAAGCCGCGGGGCUGCCCGACUACACCAUGAGGAUGUUGGAGUGCCGCACCGUGGAGGAGCUGGGGCUGCUGCAGGAGUCGCAUGGCAGCGUUUGGAACGGCCCGCACACUCGGAACCAAUCUUCAGGAGGGGGACAAGCAGCGCACCGACACCAGGCCGGCCGCAGAGAUGAGCUGACUAAAAUGAGUGUGGACGAACUCCAUCAGCUGAACACUGAGCUGCUGAUGCAGAUUCAAAAGGUCUUUGAGGAGCUCACUUUGGCCGUGCAGGAAAAGGACUCGUUGGCGUCAGAGCUCCACGUGCGUCAUGUCGCCAUCGAGCAGCUCUUCAAGAACUGUGCCAAGCUGCCCUGGCUCCACAUCAGCAGGGCCGGGGUCAAGGCCAGCAGCAGUGUCACGGGCCCCGUGGAGUGAGGUGCUUGUGUGUCCCUUGCUGGGAGGAAACUGAUAAACGCUUCAAAAUCCGGGCUGCAGUGGGGCGCAUUAAAGGGCCUUUGUGUACAGUGAGUGGCGUGCUAGGACGACGUGGUGACCCCGCGUCGUCAGACCUGCUUUGGAGCGGCAUUUAAGGACCGUCUUCGCGCUCGUCGUUGCAGUGAGGAUGCAAGGAUUAGUGGUGACCUGAUCUGGCAUAUGACCUGAAUUCACCCCAGCUCAUGUAGCCAGGAUGCAUGUUAAUACCAGGUACAACGGAGAAACGGGGGCUCCACAGCGAGGACAUCUUUUGAGAUACCGACCCGGGGAAAACACAAACAUUUUAUCUGCAUCAUUUUACAGAAAUGAUUGCUGUUGGUUUUAUUCAACUUUUUUUUUGUUUGCUGUAAAACAUUUCAGUUUUUCAUUGUUUGGAUGUGGAUAAAAUACUGCUUAAUACUCCUUUACAUGUUACCUAAUGGUUCUCUGUAGAUCAGAUGAACGAUGCCCGUCAUAUUCACAUCAACAGGCGCUGCCAGGAGAGUCCGAUCACUCUAAUGUCAAGCGUGAACAACUGUUUUAUAGCCAAUGCAAUGGCUUGAAACAGGAGUUUUCAAGUGGCCUUCAAACUGCUCUGUCUUGACGUGGUGGUUUAUGGAAAGUGGUGAUCAGAUAGAUUUAACCGAAAUUCUAAAGUAUUGAAGAAAAGGAUCAAGUCUAAUCCGGAGAACAGUACAGCAGAGUGCAGGACACCACCCAAGAGUCCUCUAAAGCAUAAUUUCAACAAAUACAUCCCAAGUAUGAAAGUUAACAGGGCUGUAUUAUCUUUUCAUAUUUGACUUAUUUUGAGUUCAUUGAGUUCAUUACUUACCACUUUGUAACUGCUUGUUGGUAAGCAGUAGUUACUAUGUAUUUAGUUUCUAAUUCAGCCUUUGGUUUUAUAGUAACUAAUAUUGCUUGUGAGAUUUACUUGAUUUUGAGCACAGAGCUGUCUCACUAUUAAGCACAAGGCGUACGUAGGUGUGGCUAUACACUGAACCAGGGCUCUCGGAAAGAGGGGUUUACUUAUUUCAAAAGAAACCAAAGUAUGUUUUUGUUCCAUUUUAAAAGUGAACUGCACCGACGCAAUGUCCAUUAGCAGAGGAAGAUACAAUACCAAACCGAUUUUAAGUGUGUGGGGCUUAGUGACUUACCAGACUAUGAAUUAUUGACCCCCACACACACACAUAUAUAUAUAUAUAUAUGUAUAUUUUUUUUCUCUACCGCUGUCUGUGUAGAAAGGAUUUGUUCUUGUCGCACAUGGCGUAUUUGUCCUAAUUACGUGUAUUGAUCUAAUCUCAUUUGAAGCUUUAACUGUUUAACCCUUUCACCUGUGUGAGAGCCAAGUCGAUGUCACAGCAAUACACAGAGGUCCCUAAUGUUUGAACAGAAGGGGACGAUGUCGGCCACGGUAUUAACUGUCACUGUGUUAAAGACCACAGUUUUGGUUAAUUUAGUAUUCAGGAGCCCUAUGCAAGAAGGAUUCCAAUAAAUCUGAUUCCUUAAAUAGCAAAUAUCUAUGAGAAUAUGGCUGAUCUGAUUCUUCCUCAGAAGAGGUCUCAUAACCACUAGAGUGUAAUAAGCUGGGGAAAGAGGUUUUAUUCAGAUGGAUGUUUAGAAUAAAUCAACCUCGUCACCAUCUCUUUUGCUCUCUCUUUGUAAGAGAAUGAAUGUAUUCGACCCAUUUUCAGGGUUUCAAGUUUUUCCUCCAUUUUUAAACAUUUUCUUUGUACAACUGUAUUCAGUGUGCUUGGGUGUAGUCCAUCUUCAUCCAUUCAAUCUUCAGUUAUAUGUUGUUGUUUUUUUAUUUUAUGAAUGCGGUGUCUUUUGGUACGCUGCAGAAACAUGCCCGGGCCUGUGCAUCAGAAGAACAUUGAAAAUGGAUCCGCUUGUGUCAUCAUCUUCGACUGGAGACUGUCGACUGUCAGAAUACCUGUCGCCACUCCUUCCUUUGGACCUGACUCUUUGUUAAUGUGUUUUCUAAUGUUGAACAAGGCUGCAUUUGUGUUGUGUGAUGAUUCUAUUUAUUGUGUGUGCAUCCAUGGACCUUACACAUGCUGUGUGAUUUGUGCUUAGGUGGCCGUUUGUAUUUUCUUGCAAAAGAUUUCAAUAAAACUAUUUUUUCUAGACAA